AGGUGUGGAAGACGUCAGAACUGCCCUGACGUGUACCUUUUGUUUUUCUGGUGCUCCCCAGGCAGAUUUCACCGCAUUUCCGCAAUAUUAACAUAUUCUUCGAGAGCAUCAGCCUCUUGGCUGCCGAAAUUCUCAAGAUGCGCUCUAUCGGUGUGUCACUGGUGACCAUGGGGCUCACGGCCGCCGUGAUCGGGAAUGCCUACUACCAGAAGAAGCAGUUCUAUCCAUCUGUGGUCUACAUCACGAAGAGUAACCCCAGCAUGGCGGUCAUCUACAUCCAGUCCAUGGUGCUGGUCCUGAUGCUCGGGAAGCUGAUGCGAAAGAUCUUCCUGGGAACCCUGAGGGCGGCAGAGUUUGAGCACCUGAUGGAGAGAUUCUGGUAUGCUCUGACUGAGACUUGCCUUGCAUUCACAGUCUUUCGGGAUGACUUCAAUCCAAAGUUCAUUGCGCUGUUCACGGUGCUGCUCUUCCUGAAAUCCUUCCACUGGCUCGCGGAGGAUCGCGUGGAUUACAUGGAGCGGAGUCCUGUGAUCGGAUGGCUCUUCCACAUACGCGUGGCGGGAUUGGUGAAUGUCCUGGGCAUCCUGGACUUCAUGAUGAUCUCGCACGCCUACUACUCCACCAUCUCCAAGGGAGCCUCCGUGCAGUUGGUCUUCGGCUUCGAGUACGCCAUUCUGAUCACGAUGGUGGCCAACACGACCAUCAAGUACAUUCUGCACGCCACAGAGCUGCGUUCCGAGAGUCCGUGGGAGAACAAGGCGGUGUUCCUGCUCUACACAGAGCUCAUCAUUGGACUGAUCAGGGUUGUCCUGUACAUCCUCUUCGUCGUCAUCAUGGUGAGGAUCUACACGCUGCCGCUCUUCGCCUUCCGACCAAUGUACUACACUAUCAGGAACUUCAAGAAAGCACUGAACGACGUCAUUCUCUCGAGGCGAGCCAUUCGCAACAUGAACACCCUCUAUCCGGACGCCACGGCUGAGGAGUUGCAUAUGUCGGACAAUAUUUGCAUCAUCUGUCGCGAAGACAUGGUGAGUCACUCGAAGAAGCUUCCCUGUGGCCACAUCUUCCACACCGCUUGUCUCCGAUCGUGGUUCCAACGCCAGCAAACUUGUCCUACGUGUCGACUCAACAUUCUUCGCACACCGGUUCAAGCCACUCCGGCGGCUCCACAAGCGGCUCGGAUUGUUCCGAAUGCCGCCAAUCGACCGGCAGCGGCUGGCAAUCAGCCGGCAACUCCAAAUGUCAAUGCAGCGACUCCAGGCCAAGUUCCUCCAGCGGGAGCGCCGGUUUUCCCGCCAAAUAUUGUGCCUGGCAGUGCAGCAACCGCCACGGGUACAAACACUGGCGCCACGAUUACUAUCCCGUCCUUCUUGCCGCCUCCAAUAACUGGCGCUCCGAUGGCUAACUUCCCAAUGAUGACACCCUACUUGCUGCCGCCGCCCCCAAUGCCAUCCACUCUGGCUUCCCUCACAGAUGAAGAAUUGACUGCUCUCGAGGGCACAGAGAGAAGGCAUGUUGAAGCGAGAAUCAAGCUUCUCAGGAAUAUUCAAACGAUGUUGGACGCUUCUGUGGCUCUCAUGAAUCAGUACACAGCAAUUAAUGCACAAUUUCCGCUGGGAAAUGACUUUGCGGCCUUCCCAAGUACUCCCGCUGCUGCUGCUGCUGCUGCUGCAACUCCUUCAGCCGCUGCUCCUGAGCCUAGUGCAUCCACGUCAGGGGCAUUCGCGGUGCCUGGACCCUCGGGAGCGUCAGCAGAGAAGCCGCCGCAUGUCGAGGAGGAGACGACGAGUCAGGUGAAAACCACAAGGAUAGAUGAGAAUGUGGUGAAGUUGGAGGAUAUUGGCAGUGAGGAGCCAAGCUCAAACAACGAAGAGGCGGAAUCGAACACGACGAGCUUCGCAGGGAUUUACCAUGUGCCUGAGGAGUCGUCAGAGAAGGCGGAAUUGCGCCAAAGGCGACUGCAGAAGUUCCAACCGAGUGAUGGCAAGGGCGACACAAAGUCCGAUUGAUUGAGAUGAUCUAAAUUGCUAAAUUAUCCCCAAAAAUUUUUCUUUAUAAUGUACUGUGUGUCAACGCUGUGGAGGCAAAUAAGACAUGUUUUCUUUUCGUCUGAAUGUGGAGUAGAAAAAAAACAACAGAAAUACAUUUUAAGAUGGAAAGAUAUA